AUGGCCUCCUGGUCCGGGGGGAGCGCGGGCCCCGACCCGCUCAUGUUCGCGUUGGCCAUCAUCCUGCUGGCGCGCUUCAUUCUCUGGGCCUGCCUUGGGACCUACAUCGAUUAUAGGCUGGCCCGGCGGCCGCCCCGCAAACCCAAGGAGGACUAG